AUGGCCUCGGAGCUGCGGCAGAGGCUGCACGUCAUCGCCGACUACCUAGACGAGGGCGAGGCACUGUUUAACGAAGUCUUUGCGCACCAACAUGGCGUCGACGCAGCACCACGCCAGGCGAGCCAUCCGUCGACGGAGUCCGCGUUCUCUGCGUCGCCUCCCACAUCCCCUGCAACGGCGCCGCGGGAGCUGCAAAUGUCACCCGAAGUUCAGCACGCACUGCGGACUGGACGCGAAGUCCACGAACGCGUGAGGCAUGUGCUACAAGAAGCGGCCAGGAAUCCCGCCUUCACACUUGCAACCCUUCGCUGCUGA